AUGGUAAACAAAAAUUCCCUCUCUGGUUUGCAGCGCGUUGCUGUGCCGCCGCCGCCGCCGCCACCACCGCCACCGCCUUACUCUUCGGUGGCUAGAAAGCCAUUUAAUCAGGCGAUAGCCAAACAACGCACUGUCGUGAACAAGAAGGACAACGCGAGAUACAGGUUCAGAAACACCAUGGAGCUGCGUUCCACGUUGAUAAACUGA